AUUCUGGUUUUUAUUGCUCUGUGCCAUUCCCCGGCUUUCACUCUCAGGGCUCGUUCAUCUUACACACACCACACACACACACACACACCGCAAACACAUCGCCGUCCGCUUCUCUUUCACACACACGCGCGCGCACACGCAUGUUCAUCCACACGCAGGGGAUCAGGAACACUGCGAGAGGAAGCCGGGCAUCCAUCCCCCUCUUCUCCCUCUCUCCUCUCCUCUCCCGGCCUCUCGUCAAUCUGCCUUUCCCUCCAACCGUAUCUGGCUGGGACGAUUCUGCUGCGGGCUUGUAGAGAGGCCCUGGAAGUGGCAGAGAAGUGGAGAGACCUCACAGUUGCACAGUGAGAGACCUUGCCGCUGCACAACGAGUGAGAUCCUACAUCAGGCCCUCCUCACCUCCGCCCCUGUGACCCCAUGUAUCCUGAAUCCACCGCUGACUCUCCCGCUCGCCUCUCACUGCGACAGACUGGCUCCCCCGGCAUGAUCUACAGUGCGCGCUAUGGAAGCCCCAAGCGACAGCUGCAGUUCUACAGAAACCUUGGGAAGUCUGGGCUGAGGGUGUCAUGUCUCGGACUGGGGACGUGGGUGACCUUCGGUGGGCAGAUCACAGACGAGAUGGCAGAGCAGUUGUUGACGCUGGCCUAUGAGAACGGGAUCAAUCUGUUUGACACGGCUGAGGUCUACGCGGCCGGGAAAGCAGAGGUGGUGCUGGGAAAUGUCAUAAAGAAGAAAGGAUGGAGGCGUUCCAGUCUGGUGAUCACAACUAAGAUUUUCUGGGGUGGAAAAGCAGAGACAGAAAGAGGACUGUCCAGGAAGCAUAUCAUAGAAGGUCUCAAGGCGUCACUGGAGAGACUACAGUUGGAGUAUGUGGACGUGGUCUUCGCCAACCGACCAGACCCCAACACGCCCAUGGAAGAGACGGUGCGGGCGAUGACGCACGUGAUCAAUCAGGGAAUGGCCAUGUACUGGGGGACGUCCCGCUGGAGCCCCAUGGAGAUCAUGGAAGCAUACUCCGUGGCGCGGCAGUUCAACCAGAUCCCCCCGAUCUGCGAGCAGGCCGAGUACCACAUGUUCCAGAGGGAGAAGGUGGAGGUGCAGCUGCCCGAGCUCUUCCACAAGAUCGGUGUGGGCGCCAUGACGUGGUCGCCGCUGGCCUGCGGGAUCAUCUCAGGGAAAUACGACAGUGGGGUGCCGCCCUACUCCCGCGCCUCUCUGAAGGGCUACCAGUGGUUGAAGGAUAAGAUUCUGAGCGAGGAGGGCCGGCGCCAGCAGGCGAAGCUGAAAGAGCUGCAGGUGAUCGCGGAGCGACUGGGCUGCACCCUGCCCCAGCUCGCCAUCGCGUGGUGUCUGCGGAACGAGGGGGUGAGCUCAGUACUGCUGGGAGCCUCAAACACUGACCAGCUGAUGGAGAACAUAGGAGCCAUACAGGUCCUGCCCAAGCUGUCGUCCUCCAUCGUGCACGAGGUGGACAGCAUCCUGGGGAACAAGCCCUACAGUAAAAAGGACUACCGGUCCUAACCGGGGGCCCCAGGGACCGGGAUUGUGGAGCCGGACGCGGCCGGGUUUUUGCCUGUCGUUAUGUUUGCUUGAGCUUUAGUUUUUUUUUACCGAUAGAAACUGGCACACGAGGCGAGCAGAGGCUCUGCCCUGUAGGGGGGGGGGAUCCUUUUGAAUUACUGUACACACCAGGGAGAGUCCGAGUCGAACCCGCAGCUCCGAGACCCGCCAGAAGAGCAGGGUGUGCGGGGGGAGAGAGGGGGGUCUUGUGCACGAGUACUUAAAUCGGCAGUUCGUGCAAUUCAGCAGAAACACGUUUUGAAACGAGAAGAAAAAUUACUAAAAGACAAAACGAACAAAAAAAAAAAAAGCACACGCUUGCUUGCCCGUCAAAAUAUUCUUGUUUUAUUUAUUUAGUGUUUUUUUUUUUAUACUGAAUGCAUAUAAACAAAAGUAUUAUCAAUAUGAGCGUUUGAUAUGAUCUGUUGCAUUUGCACCAUUGUAACUUACUCAGUUUAGGUUUGGUUCGUUGGCGGCUGAAAGCUGUGGGCAGCUUUUUCUCGAAUGGUAGUUUGUGUCCGUGGGUGAAUUGGGGAAAUGGCCUCCUGCAAUAGUCUAUCCAGCUAUUUCUCAGAAUGCACAUCCAGAAGGCCUUUUUACCAAUUCAAAUAAUUACCAUAUGACCAAAGUUAGCUUUCUUUCCAUUAAACUGGUCUGCACUGAGCUGUCCUGAGUGAGCAUGUGCUGAGAUGUAUUGAGCUGAAAAUGUACUGGCCAGUAAAGCCGGAGAUAAUGUUAGCACAACUCGGUGCUAAGAAGGGUUAUCACAAACCUUGUUCACGCUACCCGACAUAGUCCUGUUACAGGUUUGCCUGGUCACAUUAUGGUUUUAACUGCCAACCCCAGAGCCCCGCACAGGUCUACCCUAGACCAUGUUCUGUUACUGAUUAACACAGUCUGACCUGCUCCCAUUACACUUUUAGGGGAACUGUGGGAAGGGUGGGAAGGGGGUCACAGUUUCCCCGGUCUUGUUUGGGGUUUAACUGUUGGACCUGGUCCCGUUACGGGUUAAUCUGAUUAGACCUGAUCAUGUUAUGGGUUUACCUGUUGAGUCUGGUCUGUGCUUUAUCAGUGUUCAUCAAAGUAUCCUAUUGGGGAGGUGUUUAAUAUGGCAUAUUAAUAAGGAAUCUGAAUAUCACACAUUCUGGCCAAUAGGAGCACAGCACAAGAGUCAGCUGCUUGUGGUUAAGGGAAGCGUAGGCUGGUUGUCAGCAGCUCAGGGAUUGGAACAGAGUUGUGUGCGUGUGCGGCUUACGGAAGCCAUCUCGCUACCAUACAGAGUGACAUGUCACCUGGCUCAAUCCAAAGACUGACAUCUCCGUGUUCCUCACAUCUGGGUUCAACCAUUCAUUUAUUCAUUUACACCAUGUCCAAUCUUAUCCAUCCUUAUAUACAUAUAUAUGCAUUAUAUAUGUGUAUAUAUAAACACAGGUAUUGUAUACAAAAUAUACAUAUAAGUGCAAAAGUUGUGUACCCCUUUCUUCAUUCUGUAAAGUUAAUUUCUUUUUUAUGGUCCUUCAGGGUUGUCUUUGUAAUUUCUCUUAGAGACCGGAGCAUCUGUCUUAUGAUGCGUGUAUGUUUGUGUGUACACAGAGAGAUGUAAAUGUAUGUAUAUCUCCACAUGUGCAACACAUUCAUCCAUAGUUAAUUCCAUGAAUCUCGCUCAUGAGGCAGGCAUUUGACCAAAGGAAGUGUUUGCAACGUUUUUUUCCCCACUGCAGUCAGUGUGCAUGUGUAUGCUUGUGUGUGUGCCCUUGCAUGCAUCUGUGUGUGUGUGUCCGCACAUGUGUGUAUGUCCAUGUGUGUAUGUGCUUCACAUUGCUCUUUCGGCAGUCAGAGCCCAUGGUAGAUCACUAAUGCAGGAAUACACACAUUCUAUAUCGGAUAAAUACAGGAAUACGUCUAUACACACACUAUAUCACACACACACACACACACGCUAUAUCACACAAACGCAGGAAUACACACACACAUACACACCCACACACGCUAUAUCACAUAAAUGCAGGAAUACACACACACACCCACACACGCUAUAUCACAUAAAUGCAGGAAUACACACAUACACACACACACACACACACACACACACACACACUAAGACAUUCAUAUAUGCAGGUUUGCAUUAAUUCACGCACACAUACCCUUCAUGCAGUUUCCAGAUUUCAGAAAUGAGCUGGGAUGUAAAAACUGGAUAGUGGAUUGGUGGGUUUAAAUUUGCACACUAACAAAUAUGUGAGCGAUAUGUUGGCCGUUCCGUGAAAGAGAUUACUAUAUUUACGUAUUCCAAACGGGCAAAACGGACAUCAGUAUUCCAAGAGUAUUCACCCUUGUUUUUCUGCAUUUUCCAUUUCAUACAAGAAUAUUGCACUGAUUUAACAGGCCUUAAUGAAAAGAUGUGACUGUCCAAACUAGUUUUCAUUCAGUUUAAUCAGGUUGAGUGCUAAUAUUGCUUCCAGUUACUUCUCUUAGUGCAGAGUGAAUGAUUCAGUUCAAAGAUAUUUAGCAUGACUGUGGCCUGGUUAUAAGAGUAUUAAUUCUACUGAGUUAGUUUGAUUUUCAGUAAUUUUAGGCUAUAUUUAUUAGCUGCAAAUGAAUAUAAGAAAUUUGAAGUCUUUCUGCUGCAAAAUCUAGUUUUGUUAUUCAGCUUUUUUCUUCAAUCAUAUUUGUAUUUGAACAUAUCAGAAGGGUGAGGAGAAUGGUUUUGGAAGAUUUCUGUGUCAAAAUUCAUGUCACACUUACAGCACCAUGCUGCUCUACCAGUAUGGACAGGGAGGUAGGAGACGAGGGGACGGCACGUCUCACAGGCUAUCCGGCAGAUGCUAUACCUGUGUUCAUAACGUUGUUAGCUGUCUGGUCUCUGGUUCCCCCGUCUGGCCACUGUGGGUAGUGCAGUACCGCAGCCGCAGUGCUGUUGCCCAGCAUGCGGCGUUGAGGGCUGGACACCCGCAUUGAUGAAGCUGUGCGACUGAUCCAAACUCCAGUUUAGGUUUCCUGUGGCCUCUGGCUCCCCCUUCUGGCCAAAGAGAACAGCGCUGUGAAAUGCAUCCCAGCUGCAUGGAGCUCCACAACGUGCGUCCACCUCGAAGCGACGUGGCCCACACUCUUUGCUCUGUACAUAAAUUAAAUCAACCGCAAAUACAAAAACCUUUGGGGUAAAAAAAUAUAUAUAUCUAAAAAGUUUUUAUAACGCCCAGCAUGUUUGCCGAAAUCACUUUUGAGGAGGACGCCUUUCCACGAAGAUUUAACCGGGUGUUUCUACCGUCAAUCUAUGCAUGAGUAUUCCAUCACAAUAAGCAGUUUCUGUUCUUAUACCGUGUGCUGCACAGUGAGAAUAUAUAACAGCACAGAACAGCCACACGACAUACACAGAGAUCCAUAGUAUGUAUUGAUUCUAUUAAUAUAGUUCUUCCCUACCUCCGUGUUUGUUGGCCUGAGACGGCUCUGCUGUACAGCACGUACACAGUGCGAGUGCACGUUCCCAGUCGUUACUUUGGCACAGACGUGGCAGGCUCUGAAGUUGAAUGGAAAACCUGCAGCAACUGUGCGCUGUAAACACUAUAUCGGUGCCCGAGGCGGGAGUGUCAGUCCCAUCGCCUAGUGCUUGGUGAACUCAUGCAUACGUGUGCCCGCGUGUAUGUGUGUUUACUGCGUGUGCAUAUUAACAUAAUGUACAUAUGUGUGUGCCCGCGCGUGUGACUCCAUAGCAGUCCAUUGUAGUGUUCUAUGUUGACACUUUGGUGAAGCUUACCUGAAGGAGUCUAGCACAAGGAUCGAGGCUUUUUCACUGGCUUUUCAUUUCGCUGUGAAGUAUCAUGGUUCUUUGCGUUUUACACCUGAAAGUCAGUCCUCUAGACAGAUAUGGAAAUAUACAUAAACAUAUCUUUAUUUUUAUCUUGAGGGCCUCUUGUCAGUGUGCAGAAAUGUCUGUAGUGUAAUGUGUGAGGGUGUGUGUGGAGUAAUGGAUGUGUUCAGUCUGAACACUUUCCAUGUACCUCACAGCAAUGGCAACGCUGUUAUUUGGGAUCAACUUGAGCCUGUGGGAAAUUUCUCUACUGUGUGUGUGUGUGUGUGUGUGUACAUGUACUCUGUUCAGUUCAAAUGUAAAGUCUGGAGUCAGUUAUGAAUUUAAACGGUUGGACAGUCCCCCCCCCCCCCCACUCAUUAGUCAGCAUGUUUAGUUGUGUGUAAUACGCAUCUUUUUUUCUUUUUAAAACAGAUCAAUGCACCACAAAUAAUGUUUGCUUUAAGGGUUUUCAGUUUGCUGAAUGCUUAGUGUUAAAUGUAACCUUGACAUUAAGAGGUAUCUACUCUCUCAUGGUCGGUAGCUACAGCUCUGAUGGUGCAGGCCUGUAGUGUUUCCACACUGUGACUUGGCUUGCACGGGGACUGGUAGUUCUGUAUUGCGUGAGGCCAAUAAAUGAACCAAUCAGACCUUGGCUGUAGACCAGCAGAAUCAUAGGCAAUAGAGUUUUACAGUUUUAUUUUUGUAACAUGCUGCAUUUUAUUGGGUUUGUAAUAAGGUGACGAUGACAAAAGGAAAUGAUCUGAUGAUAUUGUACAUGCCUUCAGACUAAUUCUCUUAAAAUGCUUACCGCUGCAGGCUACAUAUUUCACUCUUUUAGGUACCUGAUGGAGUGUCACAAUAGCUUCUGAAUGUACAUAGUUUGAUCUCUGUAUAUAAUAACGGCUGUGAUCACUUCUGCCCGUUUAAUUUUUAGGACUAUUUUCAUUGGCAGGCAUUGCUAACUGCAUUCUGCUUGAACCUGAGCAUACUACAUAUGUACAGCUUCUGUAUUUAUGACAUGAAAAUUAAAGUUAUGAAGAAGUGA